ACGCAGAAGAUGAAUCUUUUCCAAUCCAUAACAAGUGCCUUGGACAAUGCUUUAGCCAAAGAUCCGACUGCAGUCGUAUUUGGUGAAGAUGUGGCCUUUGGUGGAGUCUUUAGGUGUACAGUUGGCUUGCGAGACAAAUAUGGUAAAGACAGAGUUUUCAACACCCCCUUGUGUGAACAAGGAAUUGUUGGCUUUGGUAUUGGAGUUGCUGUUGCAGGUGCUACAGCCAUUGCAGAAAUUCAGUUUGCAGAUUACAUCUUCCCAGCAUUUGAUCAGAUUGUUAAUGAAGCAGCAAAAUAUCGUUACCGCUCUGGAGAUCUGUUUAAUUGUGGAAAUCUCACCAUCAGAGCCCCCUGGGGCUGUGUGGGUCAUGGUGCACUAUAUCACUCUCAAAGUCCAGAAGCUUUUUUUGCUCAUUGUCCAGGAAUAAAGAUUGUUAUUCCAAGGAGUCCUCUUCAGGCCAAAGGACUGCUGCUGUCAUGUAUAGAGGACAAAAAUCCAUGCAUAUUCUUUGAACCUAAAAUACUUUAUAGAGCUGCAGUGGAACAAGUUCCUGUGGAGCCCUACAACAUUCCACUGUCACAAGCUGAGGUGCUGCAGACGGGCAGUGAUGUGACACUGGUUGCUUGGGGCACUCAGGUACAUGUCAUCAAGGAGGUGGCAGCAAUGGCUCAAGAAAAGCUGGGUGUGUCCUGUGAAGUUAUUGAUCUGAGGACCAUCUUACCCUGGGAUGCAGAGACGGUUUGCAAG